AUGACCGAGAAGCAGCAGACCGAGCCGUCGCAGGUGGCGGGCCAACUCAAGAACGCCCAAGGCGCCAUGUACAACGCUGUCGGCUCCGUACUCCCGGCUUCCACAGGCGACCAGUGGGCUCAGGACGGUACAGCCCUUCAGAACCAAGGGCAGGCCGAGGUCCAGGCUGCCAAGGACAAGGCUGCGAGCGAUGCGACUGUGGACGCAGCCAAGGCAAAGGCCAAGUCCACAUGGGGCUACGUGACAGGCAACCAGGAGAUGCAGAGCGAGGGUAAUGUCGAAAAUGAAGGUGCGCAGUGGAAAUACAAGCAGGCAACAAGCGACAAGGCUGUUGAUAUUCCUGUACCGUCGGGGGAAGGGGUUAAGGGCAAGAUUGAGAGUGUGGUCGGAAUGGUUACUGGUGACCAAGGAAAGCAGAUGGAGGGGAAUAUGCGUGCCGAGAAGGCUGCAUGGAAGGAUGGAGUGUGA